AUGGCCGGCGAUCACAAAUGCUCUGUCUGUCAAGCCACUUUCACUCGUCCACAACAUGUCGCCCGCCACAUGCGCUCCCACACGGGCGAUCGUCCGUACAAAUGCCAACAUUGUGGAGAUCAGUUCGCGCGAAGCGAUCUUCUCUCCCGCCACAUCAACAAAUGCCACGCCAACGAGAAACCGCUUGUCACCUCCGCCACGAACCGGCGCAAAGGCACCGCUUCCGCCUCCCGCGCAACAACGUCCAAACAGGCCUGCGACCAAUGCGUCCAGUCUUCUCUUCCUUGUGACGGUGCAAACCCUUGUGCGAAAUGUGUCCACCGUAAAUGUCGUUGCACCUACGUCAAAUUCCACCGCCAAACCGCACCGCAAGGACCGGGUCAUCCUGCCGCGAACGCCCGUGGACCCGGCUCAGAUCCCAACGCAGCUCUCCUCCCUCCUAAUAUCAAUGCCUUACCCACAUUGCCACCAAACUACCGGUUAUCGGAUUCGUUCAUGAUGGGUACCACGCCUGGUAUGAACCCUAAUAUGGGCAUGUACACGAAUCAGUUCCAAUUCCCCAGUGCAGGAGGUGCGCAGGUACAGGGAGGCGCGCCCCAUAUGUAUGCUGCCGUUCCUGGUGGCGUUGGUGGUAUGGGCGUAGGAAACGUGAAUGGGAUGGGGCUAGGGGCCACUGGGAUGGGCGCUGGAGAUAUCAAUCCGCAGGAAAGUUUUGAGGGUGCGGCUGAGUAUGCGGCGAGGUAUAGAGCCCAGGCGGAGAUGUUGAGUCGGGCAGGCAUGAUUCCGUCUGGUACUGCGAAUGCUGCCGGUGGGAGGAACGCCUAUGGCGGACAACAAUGGACGAAUGGAAUGGAUUACACCCGCGAUAACGACACAUAUUCUUAUACUAAUCCCUCGGACGACCCUAAUGGCAACGUCGGCUACCAGCCCUUCGCCUACCUCCUCGACCAAAACACGAACACGAACACCAACCCGACCUCAAACUCGAACCACCGUCGUGGUGCCUCCGGUUCAUCUACCAACUCCGCAUCUCACGGUCGUUCCCUCUCCCAACCUUCCUCCGCCGCAUCGUCGAGCCAACACCUCCCUCUCCCCGCAGACCAUUACUCGCAGUACUCCUCGUCCACUUCCGAUUCGGAUUCGCACCAUCGACCGCAUUCGUCGGCGAGUUCGCAGAGUCAGGGACAGAGCCAGGGAAGUCAUGGCCAUGGUGGACAGGGGAGACCCCAGACCGCCGAUUCGACGAAUCCCGAUGGUUUCCAUUCUGCGUUCGGGCUCAUGUCUCUCGACGAUCCUGCCGUUUUGGCCGGAUUAUCCUCCGGUACUCCCUUCUUCGAGAGCUUGAUGAACGCCGCCGCGCAGGCCCAGUCUCCCGGCGGCGGUGGUGGCGGUGGGAAUGGUUUAGGUGGAGGUGGCGGGGGUGGUGGUCAGGGUGCCAGUUGGGCGGAUGGAGUGACGCCGAGAGGGGAGAAUGGGAUGCCGUUGAAUACGCCGAGUUCGUUGAAGGAGUUGAAGGAGAUGUGGAAACAGUAUAUGCGGACGCCGCUCUCGGGUCCUUCGCUCGCUCCGUUGGCGACACCCUUGGCCCAUUCGACGUCGGACCAACAGGGCCAGUUAGGGGAGCUUGGGAUGAUGCAGAGGACGAGUCCGAAAAGGGAGAGAGGGUUGCCGAGGGUGGCGAGUAUGCCGAGCGUGAAGACGCCCGGAGUCGGUGCCGUUGGUGGCUGGGAUGGACGGAACAAUAACGGCAACAAUCCGAACGGCGGUGGAUCGCAGCUGAGAGGAACGAUCCACAAUCCUGAAGACCUCCGCUCGUACGAACAAGCCGUCCUCGCGCGCAAAACCCCCCUCAACCUCAAUUUCCCACCGACACGACGCGCGGGGACCGUCUCUGUUUCUUCCGGGUCUGGUGUAGGGACCGGUACGGGGCUCGGCGGCGGUGUAGGCACUGGAGGAUCGGGAAGCGUCGGGUCUGGUGGUGGUGGGAGCGGCGGCAGUGGAGACGACAAGAGCUUGAGCUCGAGUCCUCAGCAUCCCCCGAGUGGGUUGCCUAGGCAUGUCCAGCAGGCGAUGGGCAUGCACGGUCAUGUCCUCGGACAUGGACACGGACAUCAGGUCGCGGGGAUGGAGAUGAGCAGGCCAAGUAGUUCAAGCUCGACGACGUCCAGCCUCGCUCAUGCGUUUGGACAACAUGCCGCUGGGGCUGGAGGAGCUGGAGGAUCGGGGAGCGAUGGGACUGGAUCGCCGGCGCCGUUACCCGCUAUCGGUGUUGGUGUUGGUGCUGGUGCUGGUGGACCGUCGGCGUCGCCUGCUAUGGCUCAUGCUCAACAUCAACAUCACGAUCACCAUCCUGCCGCUGGUCUGCUCGAUGAAGGCCUGCGACCGUCGUUCAAACGUCUUCCCUCGCAGACUCUGGGCCCAGAGUACUCGAAGAGAGCUGCCGUUGGGUACGGAGGGGGUGGUUAUAUCGAUGACGGGGAUGAGUACGAUGGUGAGGAUGGGGAUGGAGGGUCUUAUGGAGCAGGAGGCAGGCCGAUGGGCCCCCCGGCCGUCCCGAGGAAUGUGGUGGGUGGGGGGUAUCCCGGUGCGGCGGGAGGGUUUGGGGAGCGGACGAGGAGGAUGAGUGCGCCGACGAGUGGGGCGAGUGGGAUGGUGUUCGGGGUGGGCGGGCAUGGUCAGGAGGGAAAGGUCGUUGGUGCGUGA